GCCGCAGGGGGCGGUCCGGGCCCGGUGCUCCCGUCCGGGCGCAGGCGCCGCCGUGAUCCCAAGGUGGAGGGCUUUCCGCCCCGGGACGGCGGCUCCAUGCGCUGCCAGGUCUCGGUGCUCUAUUUCGCCAGGAGCGCGGAGUUAGCGGGGUUGCGCUGCGAGACCCUGUCGGUGCCACGGCAGAUCACCUCUCUGCAGCUCUGGGAGGAGAUCGUCAAGGUUCACCCAAGGCUUGCUGUCAUUCGGGAUCAAGUGGUUUUUGCUGUUCGGCAGGAGUACGUUCUUCUUGGAGAUCAGCUCCUGGUCCUGCAGCCCGGAGACGAGGUUGCUAUCAUCCCACCAAUUAGUGGAGGCUGAGUCUGCCCAAGCUCUUUGGUAGCAUUUUCUAGGGAGUUAUGGAUGAAAGCGAAGACAUGUCAAAAGAUUUUAUCAAGCUGAAGUCUGAAAAGCUCUCUGUAGAUGAAGUGUCGGAGCUGGUCAUUUCACCAUACUGUGGGGCAGUGUCUCUCUUCAUUGGUACUACGAGAAAUAAUUUUGAAGGUAAAAAAGUGAUUCACUUAGAAUAUGAAGCAUAUACUGCAAUGGCAGAGAAUGAAAUAAAGAAAAUCUGCAGAGAAGUUAGACAGAAAUGGCCAUCAGUCAAACAUAUUGCAGUGCACCAUAGACUUGGUGUGGUUCCAAUAACUGAAGCAAGUGUAAUUAUUGCAGUCUCCUCUCCACACAGAGCAGAAUCACUUGAAGCUGUAAUGUACUGCAUCAAUACCUUAAAAGCAUCUGUCCCAAUAUGGAAAAAGGAGAUUUAUGAGGAUGAAUAUUCUUGGAAAGAAAACAAGGAAUGCUUUUGGGCAAAUUCAGAAAAAUAACUGUACUCUU